AUGCAUUUCAAAAGGCGGGAUAUCGGACGCGUCGAUCGUUCAGGCGAAAUGGGCCGAGUCGAGGAGGACUUGGAUGUUCUGCAGGUGGAGAGUCCUGGUAUCGAAGACGCGGAUACGAGAAACGCGAUGUUAGGGCCGAUGAAGAUAGAGGCGAAACCAACGGCGCUGUCGACGCGACCAGGGUGGAAACAUCCUCUCGUAGAUCGGGCGAUCCUCGAGAGACUCGAGCGAAUGCAGAAAUUCUUCGAGCAAGGCUACGACGACCUGUACAACAUAUUUCCAGCACCCUCCAGCUCUCAAACAGAAAAUCGUUGGCCACCUCGCGUUACACGUAUUCCCGAACGGAUCCAUCGGUCCUCCUCUCUUUCAUCGGCGCCCAACCUACAUUCCAAAAGCAAGACCAAAGACACAGCCGAGGAUAAAACAAUUUGCGAUUCGACAACACACCCGCGUCCAUGUCGCUUCCUCCUCCCACUCAGGGUCGCAGAGCAGGAGUCCAAGGCGCGCAUACACUUCAUGCAAAUUGCACAGCUGGCAAAAGCACUCAACCGUACACUCGUCUUGCCUAACGUAGGGAAGAGCAAGAUCGGGGCAUGCUUCAAGUGGCCGUUCAGUAGCUACUACGACAUGGACUCUCUGGUGGACAGCGGGGAUGGCGGAAGAGAGGGCAUUAUGGAGCUGGAUGACUUCAAGGCGUGGUUGGAGGAACAUGUCAGAGAAAAGCAUAUAAGUUCACAGCUGGUGUCUGUUGCGCCGACAUUACCAGCUCGUACCAGGUUUCGGAGGGAACCGGUGUUCAUCAACGCGGAUGUUGUCGUCCAUGGAUACGAAAUCUUCGAGGCGUGGAGGAAGAAUCUGCCUGGCUGUUUCGCAAACAAAUUCCAGAGGCUCGAGCUGGAGACGUUCCCUGUUUUUAUGUCACCAACGGCAAAGGCGAACAGAGAUGGAGGAGACCAACCUAUGGGCGAUUCCUUUGUUGAUGCCUUCUCCGCGAUUUCGUCGCCGACCGAACAGGACGAGAUGCCCAGCGAGGAGACAACUGCAGAGUCAGAAGCCUCAAUACAGCGACGCCGAGGGCCCGACGCGCAAGUGCUGGUUGUGAACUGGGAACUCCGACACGCGAUCUUCCCUCCUUCUACCCACUCGCUUCGAUAUUCGCUGCAAAUGCACGACCUCGCGGCUCGCUAUGCACCUCCCAGCCCGUAUCUUGUUGUCCAAUGGCGUAUGGAGACUGUCGACCCUGGAGUACUUGAGGAUUGCGCCUAUGGUCUAGUAGAUCUUCUCAUGCGUCUCCUCCACGAUGCCGAACUGGGUGCGAACGUCACGACAGUUUGGUUCGCGAGCGACUAUCCACAUCCCAUUUCACAGCAGGUCCCAACGAUGGUCCAAACGCCUCUUGUCGCAAAGUCAGGCACUUUCAAGGACUUCGAUGGUAGGCAUGGCGCGGCGAUUGGGAUUCUACAGAAGUCAUUUCAUCAGCAAGGAGAACUGGGUGAAUGGAAGUUAACAGACUUUAUCGAGUCAUUCGAAUUAGACAAAAGGGGAGAAGCCGAGUUGACGCAAGACCUAGGUGUCUUCGGCAUCCUGGACAAAUUGGUCAGUGAGAAGGCAAGCCUCUUCAUCAGUGGUUCAAGUCAAUGUAGUCGCAAAAGGUGA